GUGACCGUUUAAACUUCUCUCACCAAAUUUCCCUUUUAUAAACCCUCUCAACUUUGCCUCAAAAAACAUCACCUUUGUCUUUUCACUUGGAAUCUCUGCUUUUGCUUUCUUUCUUUCUCUUCGCAAAAAUCAAAAUCAUCUUCUUGAAUUUUAAGCUUCUUCUUCAAUGGAGACCCCAUCGUCAACCAAAAGAGUCACAAGAUCGCAGACUCUUGCUGCCCUUAGCAAUAGCAAUAACAACAACAUUCCUAUGUCAAGAAAAAUUGAAGAUUCGGAGAAAAGUGUUUCAAAAUCUAGAAAAUCAAGAGGUACAACACAAAAACAAGAUCGAUCGGUGCUAAUCGAUAUAACAAAUGAUUCACCAAUUGUUGGACUUGCUAUGGGAAGCUUAGAGACUCCAUUAUCAGCCAUAGCAAAGCAAAGAAGCAUUAGUAAAGCAAAGAACUGUAACAGUACACCUGGGUCUGGAGAGGCAUUGCUUCGAGGUCAAGUGAAAACACUAUUGCAGAAAGUUGAAGAAGAAGCUGAACUAUCAAAGAUUUCAUUAGAGAAUCGUCCUUUUCUCCAAAUUCAAGGAUUUUCUGCUUCUCCAAUGGUUCUUCUUGCUCCAACUCCUGCUAAUACACCACAAAUCCCUAAUUUCUCUGGAGAUGAUCAAAUUCUUAAUAGCAACAAUGGCGUUAAUGUUACUCCCCUGCCUGUAAUUGAAGAACAAAUGAAGAUUUGUCAGGUGGUGAGUGAGAUAUUUGAUGGUAAGAAAGAAGAAAGCAGCAUUGAGUCACAAAAGAGUCUAACAAGAUCAUUACUGUUAGAUUUCUCUGUCUCUGAGAAAUCAGAAGUCUGUGAUUCUGCAUUAUCAGAAGAAUGUACAUCUGUGGUGACUACUUGCAAAGAAAAAAAAGCAUCACCAACAAAAGAUGAUUAUGACAGUGCUUCUAAUUGGUCUGUUCAAGUUAAUGCAAGCACUCAUGAUGGAGAAGAAGAAAUGGAAGAAAUAGAAGAAGAAGAAGAUUUCUGCUGCGAUGACUAUUAUGAAGAAGAUGAUUUACUGGAUGCGUUAUGUGAAGGAAUUGGAAAGAUUAGUGUAACUGAGACAAAUAAUUCAAUGGCAGCUGCUAUAUUUGAAGGAAAGCAUAAAAGGUUUAGUUAUAACAGUGAUGAUGAGAUUGUUGAAGAAGAAGUAAUGGGUUGUGCUUGUUCUUCUCCAAGUAUUCUACAUUUGAAGGGUUUGCCAACACCCAAAGGGAAGCAUCUCAGGUUUCGUAUGGAAGAAGAAGAAGAAGAAGAUUGAAAGGAAUUUAUUUGUGUGGGGGAGGGUUAGUUAGUGUCUACCUCAUGACACACUACAGUUGGUUGGGAAUUGGGAUUUUGAUUAUUUUGCUAUUUCUUUUUACUACAUUUUGGGAUUUGACACUGAAAAUUAUGUUUGAGAAAUUGAAAGAUUGAUUUUUGUCAUUGAUGAUGAUGAUGAUAACAAUCAGAAAUAAAUGUUGAUGAUCAAGAUUCUUGACACA